AUGGCCGCGAAUGCCCUAGAGCUCAGGAAGACCCCGGUCAAAUUGAUUUUAAAUCUGAACUCCCUAGGCCACGGUAGGAUGGCGGCGCGGCGGCUCGACGCAACUUGUGACCCGGACAUGCGAGUCUGCCACGUCGUCGUGCAGGUCGCGGACCAAUUCACGAUAAAAGACGCGGCGGGCCGCACGUGCGUGACGUGCGGGGGCGGCUUCUUCCCAUUCAACGGUUCUUCCGACUACACGGUGGGCGAACUACUCGUGGACCGCGGCCCGCGGAAAGCCGGGGAGCCGCACCUCGAAAUCUUCAGCCGGCGCGACGACCCGGCGCACGACAUCUACGCCACGCCAGGCAGCCAGGGCCCGGCCAAAUUACGCGAGGGCUUUGUGGCUCUGGAGUUCGCCGUGAUCAGGCUGGAGGUCGGCCGCGUCGCGGCGCUGCUCCCGCGAAUCGACGCCGAGAGAGAUUACUCCACCGUCGCUCAUUUUGGAGUAGUGCACGGCAACCUCUACGAUCUCCUGGAUACCGUUCUGCGGACACGCGACGACAACGACUACUUCAUCGAACAUCGCCUCCAGAUCGUCAAGCUGAUCCUCGCGCAGCCUCGAUUCCACCUCUUCCAUCGGCCGUUAGGUCCCGGGCGCCGAACUGUUUUGCAGGAAGCCGCUGCGCGAGGCUUCACGGCAAUCUUCGGCGUUCUUCUGUCCGCGGGGGCGCCCACGGUCGGGAUCUGCAACUACAUACAUAGGAACAGCCGCGGCGCCACGAUGCAGGAGAUGAUCGUCCGACACGUGAGCAUGGACCUCUCGCAAGAGAGUGAGCGGGUUUAUCGCCCGCGCCGACAUGGGCCGCCGCGCCCGCCGUCCUUCCACGACCACUUCGAGGUGCCUAGAGUGUAUGCCACGGAACACCGCACGGCGGCGUCGCGGUCGCUCGCGGAGCUUGACGGCGAGGUGUUCGGGAUCGGCCAGUAG